AGACGUAUAAAUGUAAAGCGUAACGCUUGGAUGGUAAAAUGUAAUAUUUGAUGCGUGAACGAUGCAAUGUUAAGUGCGACUGGUCAAGGGGUUCAAUGGGUUGCAUUCGUGAACGACAGUUUUCAACGGAUUCUGUGAGUUCAAGAGGUGCGCCCCAUAUCGAUGAUGCCGUCUUUGAUCUAUAUAGGAAUCCGGAAUCCGAAACGUUGUCAUCAUCUGGUUUAUUGAAGUUACUUUACGAAACUGGAAUUAGACGUGAUGAUCCACGUUUAGCCAACUUUUUACAUGCAAUACGACACGACGAACGACGGCAGUCUGUUUCAGAUUUAGCAUCUACUGAAGUGAUUAACGAAAAUCUGGAUCGAGAAACUUUCAAAAGAUACGUAAGUGAUGCGAUCGGAAUCAUUGCCAAAGCACUGAAAAAACAGCUCGUAAUCCCAGAUUGGCCAGCGUUCAUUUCAGUUAUUGGUGAAAUUUUUGAAUCAUGCCGUGAUCUCGAUGAUGGAAAUGUAGCAACGUACAUUCCACAGCUGGCUCGAUCAGAUCCGAAAACCUGGGCCAUGUCGGUCUGUACCGUUGAUGGACAACGUCGAUCGUGGGGUGCUACGCAAAUACCAUUCUGCUUGCAGAGUGUAUCAAAGCCCUUCACCUAUGCUAUUGCUAUGGAUGAACUUGGUGCAGAAGAAGUGCAUAGAUAUAUCGGCCAAGAACCAUCAGGUCGAUUAUUCAAUGAAAUUUGCUUGGAUCAUAAUCACAAGCCACAUAAUCCAAUGAUCAAUGCAGGAGCCAUAUUAGUAGCAUCGUUGAUUAAACGCUCGAACUCAAUUGCCGAUCGUUUUGAUUUUGCGUUGCAGUAUUUCAAACGAUUUGCUGCCGGAGGUUUCGUUGGCUUUAACAAUGCCGUCUUCCUGUCUGAGCGUGAAACGGCUGAUCGAAAUUAUGCAUUGUCAUACUAUAUGCGUGAACAUAAGUGUUUCCCGCCCAAGACUAGCUUACAAGAUACUUUAGAUUUAUAUUUUCAACUUUGUGCAAUCGAAACCAAUGUCGAUACGUUAGCGGUAAUGGCGGCUACAUUAGCUAACGGUGGAGUAUCACCAUUAAGUGAGGAACGAGUUGUGUGUAAUCGAGCGGUUCGUGAUACAUUAUCAUUGAUGUAUUCAUGUGGAAUGUACGAUUACUCCGGGCAAUUUGCUUUCAAGGUUGGCUUACCGGCAAAAAGUGGUGUAUCGGGUGAUAUGAUCAUUGUUGUACCAAAUGUCAUGGGCAUCUGUUUAUAUUCGCCACCACUUGACCAACUUGGCAAUACAGUUCGAGGAGUGAGAUUUGCGGAACAAUUCGUGGAAAAAUUUAAUUUUCAUAAUUACGACAGUCUGGUCUACUCCGAAACUCAUAAAAUUGAUCCACGAAAAAAAAUCCGGGAAGUGAAACAUGAAUCCGUAUCGAAUAUGAUGUAUGCUGCAACUACUGGUGAUAUUUCUUCCAUUCAAAGAUAUCUUUUAUUGGGUGUUAGCGUAGCCGAAAGGGAUUACGAUGAUCGGACUGUAUUACAUGUUGCUGCUGCACAUGGCAAUGAGAAUGUCCUGAAAUUUUUGUUGCAGCGAUGGCAAGAAAGUCCAGAUCCAUUGGAUCGAUAUGGACGAACACCUCUCGAUGAUGCCAAAGUAUUUGGUCAUGGCACAUGUGUGGAGAUUCUAGAAAAAGCUUUAGAAAAGUACACAAUGAAAGCACAAGAGAAAAAUGGUCCUACAGAAACACACGUGGUUCAUUCGAAAUACCAGAAGAAUAACGCAGUGAAACUGCACCCGGCUUAAGUUAUUUUCGAUUAGAAAUCCAGUUUCUAUAUCCCUGUUAUCUGCACUGCUUAUUCCAAUGCUGAAUUUCAAAAACUUUUUGUUAGAAAAAACAAAACUUCCUCACACCCUCACAUUCAGAUGAUUCGGAGAUGAUUAAAUCUUUGAAGGGUUCUUUUUAUUUGACAAGACCAGCUUUUAAAUAAUGAUAUUACACAUCUUUCUUCAUCACAUUCCUCAUUUCCAAACUUCUCCUGUAGGAAAUGAGGCGUCAAGAAAAAAAAUGAUAUGAUCAUUGAUUCCGGUGUAUAAAAUAAAAGUUUUUCAAUAAAGUAAUGCUGUCAUUUAUAUGGUAAGGACACCGACUAAGAAAUGAGACGAAACAUGAAAAUAUAGCUAAAUUACGUAAAAAAUUGUCAUAGAUCAUUCUUAAUCUCUUGAUGAAUUUCUAAAUAAACACAAUAUUUUAAGAUUAAUUUUGGAGUUUGU